GUUUUAUGUGUAUGUCUCUUCUUCUCUCUUGAUAUUCUAAAUCAUCAUUUAUUAUUAUUAUUAUGGCUACGCUUUACCUUGAUAAGGUCUAAAUCAAAUUCAAAGUUAAAAAGUUUGAAAACUUUCUGAAUAUUUUUGGUGAAUUAGGUCCCAAUAAUUCACCCAAUGUUCGACCUUUCUUCUUCUUCCACUACUCCAUCACUGUAUGUUUUUUUACUGUUAAAAAUAAAAAAUUAACUAUUAUUGGUAUGAAAUAUUUAUGAUGGCGUGAAAUUAUGUGAAUUGCAAGUUUGUUACCAAAAUUUGGCAAGUUUUUGACUGUUUCUUCCCUUCUAUUACUGUUUGUGGUUGAGCAAGCAUACACAAACACACACACAGACACUGAAACGCAUGUUUUUCAUAUUCAUGUAUAAGUGUAACUUUGAUGAACUAUGAUUGAAACUUGACAUUUAUGGAAACAGUUCAAAAGGGUGACAGCUAUGGCCCACACAAGAGUUUAAGAUUAGUCACAAGUUCAUAAACCAAAAAGUGUCAUUCCAGAAGAACCUAUUUUUCUUGCUUUUGGAAUAAAAAUAAAAUUUCAAAAUUGUUGGUUCUGUGAAGAAAAUGGAGGGACAGAAGAAUAAUAACAACAACAAUAGUAUUGAGAGAGUGGUUUCACAGAAAGCAAUUCAGAUGGGAAGCUCAUUCCCAUGCCAAAUUUGUGUGGUGGGAUUUCUGUGUGGUGUUUGCCUCACUUCUCUGUUCUUGGCUGCUUUGACUUCAUUUGGAACCUUCCAGCUUGGUCCAAUUUCAUUCUCAUCAACCAUGUUGUUCUCAGUGGCUGCUUCUGAUUCUUCAUCAUCUUCAGGGAACUCAACUUCUCAUGAUCAUACCGUUACACAUUCAGAGUGUGACUUUAAGCUUAAGCAAGCAGAGCGAUUAUCUGAAUCGAAUAGCAAUAAUGAGGGAGAUGGAGCUAACUAAAUCGAAAACCGGGGGAGGAGGUAAUUACUUCAAGAAAGAUGGAAUUAAUGUGUCCGAUAUUCCUAAUGCCCCACAUUUAGAAAAUUGCAAGGUGAAGACAAAGCUCUACGGCCAUCUUGAUCAGCGUACGGGGAACGAGAGCUUCCCACCAUGGACUAGUUGGAAGGGGUUCUUAGACACACAUCCUGUUGCUUCGUCAAACGAGCAGAUUAAAGAACUUAAGUAUCAGGCUGUUUCAGAGGGGACUUAUCCACCAUGGAUUGCAGGAUCCGAUGAAGAAAACUAUCCAAUGACUAGAAAAGUGCAGCGCGAUAUAUGGAUUCAUCAGCAUCCUAUAGACUGCAGGGACCCGAAUGUGAAGUUCCUUGUAGCUGACUGGGAGAGAUUGCCAGGAUUUGGUAUCGGAGCUCAGAUUGCCGGUAUGUGUGGACUUCUUGCUAUUGCAAUCAGUGAAGGCAGAGUACUUGUCGCAAACUAUUACAACAGAGCUGAUCAUGAUGGUUGCAAAGCGUCGUCGCGGUCUAGUUGGAGUUGUUACUUCUUUCCAGAAGCCUCCCUAGAGUGUCGUCGACGAGCAUUAGAACUAAUGAAAAGCGAAGAUGCUUGGAGUAAAGGAAUUUUGACUGUGAAAGAGGCACGGAAUAACGGAAUUGUGACAAUAAAAGAAAGUUAUACAUCCAAGCACAUAUGGGCUGGACCAACUCCUAGGAAAUGGGGUACGCCGUGGAGUUAUUUGCAACCUACAACUGAUGUCAAUGGGAGCCUGCUGGUUUCUCAUAGAAAAAUGGAUAGAAGGUGGUGGAGAGCACAGGCUGUUCGCUACUUAAUGAGGUUCCCAACUGAGUACACAUGCAAUUUGAUAAAUGAGGCGAACCACGCCGCCUAUAUAUAUAUAUAUAUCCAUUUAAUUGGACAAAGUGGUGAGAAAGAGAGGUCAGAGAUAAAUGAGUAUGUGUGGUCCAAUCACAAGCCAUGGAUUCCUAGGCCUCUCCUAAGCAUGCACGUGAGAAUGGGCGACAAAGCAUGUGAAAUGAAGGUAGUUGAGUUUGAAGGAUACAUGGAACUUGCUGAUAGGAUUAGGAGACACUUCCCAAACCUUAAUAACAUUUGGCUCUCCACUGAGAUGCAGGAAGUAAUUGAGAAGACCAAAAAAUACCCUCACUGGAACUUCCACUAUACAAAGGUGAGGCGCCAAGCGAGGGCAAACAUGUCAAUGGCAAACUAUGAAGCUAGCCUUGGAAGGGAGACAAGCACCAACUAUCCACUGGUCAAUUUCUUGAUGGCAGUGGAUUCUGAUUUCUUUGUUGGAGCAUUGGGUUCUACUUGGUCCUUCCUCAUAGAUGGAAUGAGGAAUACUGGCGGGAAGGUUAUGGCAGGGUACUUGAGUGUUAACAAGGACAGAUUUUGGUAGGGUUUCAUGUUUGUAAAAUUAGAUUACUCGUCAAUUAUAUGAUAGUAAUAUGAUCUCAUGAUUAUUUUUGUUAUGUGUAAUUAUUGUACAUAAGCCAAAACAUGGUAAAUUGGAGCUGUUAAAGAAUAAGUGAUUGAAAGAGCACACAUAUUCAGAUA